AGCUGAGCGGUGCAGCACAGCAGGGACGGCAGGAUGGGGGAGCCCUACAGCAAGGCAGAGACCCUGGCGCUGCGGAGGAAGCACAUCGGGCCUUCCUGCAAAGUUUUCUUUGCCAAGGACCCUCUGAAGAUAGUGCGUGCUCAGGGCCAGUAUAUGUUUGAUGAGAACGGAGAAAAAUACUUAGACUGUAUCAACAAUGUUGCACACGUUGGCCACAGUCAUCCAUAUGUGAUAAAGGCUGCCACAAAACAGAUGGAACUGCUCAAUACAAAUUCCCGAUUCCUGCACGACAACCUUGUUCAGUACGCUCAGCGUCUUACAGCUACCCUGCCGGAGAAACUCUCGGUUUGCUAUUUUGUUAACUCUGGGUCUGAAGCAAAUGAUCUUGCCUUACGACUGGCUCGACAGUACCGUGGGCAUCAAGACGUGAUCACCCUUGAAAAUGCUUACCAUGGCCAUGUUACAUCUCUGAUUGACAUCAGUCCCUAUAAAUUUAAUCAGCUGGAAAAGGACAGCAAGAAGGAGUUUGUGCAUGUGGCUCCCUCUCCAGAUAUCUACAGAGGAAAAUACAGAGAAGACCACCCAGAUCCAGCAAAUGCUUAUGCUGAAGAGGUAAAAAAGAUUAUUGAAGAAACGCAGAAGAACGGACGUAAGAUUGCUGCCUUCAUAGCUGAAUCCAUGCAGAGCUGUGGAGGCCAAGUAAUUCCACCUGUGGGAUACUUCCAGAAAGUGGCAGAAUAUGUGCAUGCGGCUGGUGGUGUAUUCAUAGCUGACGAGGUCCAAGUUGGCUUUGGAAGAGUUGGGAAACAUUUUUGGGCUUUCCAACUGCAAGGUGAAGACUUUGUGCCUGACAUUGUUACCAUGGGAAAACCCAUCGGCAAUGGCCACCCUAUGUCUUGUGUAGUCACAACAAGGGAAAUUGCUGAAGCUUUUGGUGCCUCUGGAUUGGAGUAUUUUAAUACAGUAGGUUUCCAGAUUAAGUUUGGAGGCAAUCCUGUGUCUUGUGCUAUUGGUUUGGCUGUACUAGAAGUAAUAGAAAAAGAAGAUCUCCAAGGAAAUGCUACUCGUGUAGGAAAUUAUCUCCUAGAAUUGCUGACUGAACAAAAGCAGAAGCAUUCCUUAGUGGGAGAUAUCAGGGGUGUUGGAUUGUUUGUUGGAGUGGAUCUGGUGAAGGAUCAGCAAAAGAGAACACCAGCCACAGCUGAAGCCCUUCAACUUAUUUACAAGCUGAAAGAACAGCAAAUCAUUCUUAGUGCAGAUGGACCCCACAGAAAUAUAUUAAAAUUUAAACCACCAAUGUGUUUCUCUAUGGAAGAUGCAAAACAUGUAGUGGACAAAAUUGAUGUACUGCUCACAGAAAUUGAAGUGGCAACUGGAAUGAAGACAGGAAAUGAUGCAUCUACAAAUGCACAGUGCAAAAGAAAAACAAAUGAAGGGAACUCCCAACCAGAGUCUGUUAAUGAAAGCAUCAGCCACAUCAAUGGAGCUGCCUGCAGACAAGAAAAUGUUUUUUAUUCUGAUAAACGCCCAGUGCCAAGUAAAAGAAUACAAACAUGAAGAGAAGUUUCCUUCUUCAGUUUAAAUUUGUUUUCUGUUUGCUAUUGAGAUGAGUGCAAUAGUCUGAGUUCUAUGAUCUGCUUGAAGCCUAGUCCUACCUUUCUUAAGGUGGUUAAACUGCUAUUAGCUUCAUUUGUUGUUUAAAAUACAUUUUCAGACACAUGAAAACUGUACCAAGUGGCCUGAAAUCUAGAUGUGACAGAACGGACAUGUGAUACCUAAUUUCAGUUCCUUGGUGCUGACUGAAGGCUUGACAUAGGCACAAAAAACUCUGUGAAAUCUGUGGAUUUAUCCAUGUUACACAGACUCUGAAGCAUUGCUUAACCACCAUGCAAGCACCUAUUAACCUAUUAUGCUUCACAUGCUGUUUUUAGAAUACUUUAAAUUUCAAUAUGUAAUAUUGAGAUGUUAAUUAUUUCCCAUGUUUUAAUGGCUGAAUUCACAAAACAAUGCUUGAGAGAGAAAUCAUUAUCAUCUUCCAGUGUGGCUUAGGUCCUAUGGACCAUAUUCCCAGCUAAUGCAAAUUGGUGUAGUUUUGUUAAUGUCAAUGAUGUUCUACCAAGCAUCUACCACUGUGUGUGUAGAGACACAAUGUUUGUGCAAGGCACCCUCAUUUCGUGUUGGAUAAAGCAACUUGUAUAGAUGACUAUUUAUAUUGAGUAAGAUUUUAUGAAUCUUUUUGAAAGUUUAUAUAUUGAACCCUCUCAGAUCACAAAAUAUGCAAGCAGAGUACAUGUAAUUUCAGAUACACUGACUGAAUUUAACCUGCAGGUUUCUCGAAAACGAGGCUCCCAAGGACAGGCCAGCUCACAUUCCCAUGGCUUUUAGAUGUUCUGAAAGUCAAAGGAACCAGUGCCUCAUCCUUUUGUAACGGUGCUGCUACUUUUUGUCAUUGGAGAUGAAGAGUUGCCUACUGGUUGCACAGGAUCCUGAUACAUAAUUGGUUAUGCUAAUUUGAUAGACUACUAAAAUGAGAGGACCAACACACAGAACAGGCACGCAACCACUUUGCAGCCACUACCUAUCUGUGCUGCAGAUACCUUUGACUUCCUUGCUGCCUUGUCAGUGCUAAAUUUCAAUGAGAACACUCAAGCCCUGCUUUUCUUUUUUAACAUGCACAUUCCCACUCUAUGAAACACACUGAGGUUUUUACAAAUGGUUUGUACUUCAGGGAAAAGACAAAAAUAUAUCUCCUGUUUAAUUUUCAUAUCCAAAGUUCUGCUCUUUUGUAAUUGCUGCUGUGGAUUCUACUGAUAUGACUGAAAAUUGAACACCUUACCUAGCUUCAUAUUUUCCACCACUUGCUCUACUAGUAUUGAUGUUACCUGUGUAAAUUCUUUCAACGCCAUCAAGCUGGCUUGUUUUCUAUUUCACGAUUCUUUAAUAAUUCCCUCAAAUAAAUCUCUUACUUGUAAUUA